GCUUGGGGUUUGGCGGUGGUGGGGACAUCACUUGGGAACCAGGCUGACAGAAGGGCUGCCAUCUUCAGUUUGCGGCUUCCAGCAUCACUAGAUGUGGCCCUUGCCUUCCAGCUCACGGGAAGGGGACAGGCCUGGAGAAGGCUGCAGAGUCACAUGUGUGGGCCACAUCUGGAGGUGGCCCACAGCGUGUCUGCUUACAUCCAAUUGGGAAGGACAGGUCACCUGGCUGCCCCUAACUGCAGCAGACCUGGGGAGACGGGGUGGCAGGGCAUUUGUCGGGUGGGAGGUAGGGAAGAGGAGAUUUUGAUGGACAGCAAGCCAUCUGCUGGGAUCGCAUACUUUCUUGUGUUCCCAAAAUAAAGCAGGCCGGGGUGUGAAAGAUUUGCUGCUGGAAAAGGUUUAUUUAUAGGAAAAAUAUCUGUGCAAAUGUAGUUUUUAAAUGCAACUCUUCAAACAAAUAGUUUGAAUAAAAUGUGUGUGUGUUUGCAGGCUAUCGCCCAUUACGAACAGUCAGCUGAUUAUUACAAAGGGGAAGAAUCCAACAGCUCGGCUAACAAAUGUCUGCUGAAAGUGGCCGCGUACGCCGCCCAGCUGGAGCAGUACCAGAAGGCCAUCGAGAUCUUCGAGCAGGUUGGGGCCAACACCAUGGAUAACCCUUUGUUGAAGUACAGUGCAAAGGAUUACUUCUUUAAAGCUGCCCUCUGUCACUUCAUAGUGGAUGAGCUGAAUGCCAAGCUUGCUCUGGAGAAAUACGAGGAAAUGUUUCCGGCAUUCACUGAUUCGAGAGAAUGCAAGUUAUUGAAAAAACUUCUAGAAGCUCAUGAAGAGCAGAACAGUGACGCUUACACAGAAGCAGUGAAGGAAUUUGACUCGAUAUCCCGCCUGGACCAGUGGCUCACCACCAUGCUGCUGCGCAUCAAGAAGUCCAUCCAGGGGGACGGGGACGGAGAUGGAGACCUCAAGUGAAG